AGACUGUCGACAAGAUUUAUUUGUUGUGCUAAUCAGACGCUGACAAAGUAAAUGGAGUAGUUGGCAAUCCUGGAGAUUCAGUACCAUCAGUGAUAGGCAAGUGCCUCCUGUGUAAUGUAGCUCCUGCAACAUGGGCAACCAGUCAAGCAGCAUCCGCAGCUUUUCGACAGCAGGUGGCGAGUCCGAAGCUGUGAUGCAAGGCAGCAAGGUGUGGCUUUUCCUGCAUCGAACAUGGACAGUGAUGACGGCCGAAAGGUGGACUAGAACGAGAUAUGCGCCAUCUACGGUUCACAGCGAUUAUGACUCACAGUACUCGCGGUAUUCAGUGUGCAGCUGCUCGCAGUGCCGCAGAGAUGGAAGUAGCUUGUCCAGUUUCAGGUUAGUGUGAUGCUGGUUGCAGAGCGCUUGUGGACUGGAGCAUUCAAUUAUAGAAUUUCAAUGCACUCUUGGUUGCACUUAUUGUCCGGUAGAGGGAUGCUUUAAGAAUAGCGUCAAGUGGGUUGAAAUCAGUAAUAAUAGUUUAGAAUGGAG